AUGGCAACCGCGGAGUGGAAGCACAAUUGGACAUCCACAACGCACUCACGAUCUCCUGCUGUAGCUACAUCUGAAGGGCAGAAUGUUGAGUUGAUUUUACAAGCUUUAGGAGAAUCCGCAAAAAGGGGACUUCAUAGUAUGGUGGACGUCCCCCAGAAAACAUAUGCAGACGACCUUCACUUUGCUAUGAGUGCAGUCAUUGGUCCAGUUGUCUGUCUGUUUGGUAUGCUAGGCAAUCUUCUGUCCGUCAUAACUUGGCAACGACCAAAAAUGAGCAGUUCUACCGGAACGUACCUAACAGGACAGGGAGUGGCGAACUUCUUCCUUCUCCUGCUGUUUCUACUGUGUGACUCGCUGCAGUAUUGGUCCCCUGAGCUUAAGCACUCCUUCAUCUAUGGUGCCUUCUUCGCCUACUUCGGCUUCCCCAUGUUUUUCCUGACCAUUAUGUUAAGCAUCUGGUUCACAGUGGCUCUCACAGUGGACAGAUACAUCAUGGUUUGUUGGGUCACCAAGGCCAAAAGUCUCUGCAAUGAGUCUAGGGCAAACGUCGGCCUCAUCCUCAUCUCAGUCAACAGCUUUAUGAUCAACAUCCCUCACUUCGCCUCGUUUACCCCCAUCUACCAAGACGAGGACAACAACAAUACCCACAACUACAUCAACAACAACAACAACACUAACGACAGGCAGCCGAAAGUGGCUUAUACUGAGACAGAAUUUGGAAUGAGUGCAGGAGGAAUGUUCUACGAGUUCUGGAUUCACUGUAUGGUGCUGACGGUGAUUCCUUGGAUGUCCGUGUUGUAUAUGAAUGUUAUGAUCAUCGUUAAGAUCAAUGAAGCCAACACAAGAAUGGCGGACAAGAAGACCAGCCAAUCGCUGAUGAAAUCCAAGAAGUCAGAAAACCAGAUCACCCGUCUGCUCCUGGCUGUGACCUUCACCUUCCUCUUCUUCCUUGGCUUCAACUGCAUCACCCACUGUCUAUGGACGAAGAAGCUGCCUGGGGCGAACCCAGUAAUGGUGUCUGCAUCAUUUUCCUUUGGCAAAACGGGAAUCUUGUUCAACUCGUCCUUGAACUUUGUCCUCUACUGUCUGACCGGAAGGAGAUUCCGGACUGAGCUGCUAAAGAUGCUUGGUCUGGUCAGUAAGGACCUGAUGAUGUCCAGCAUUGUGGACACCCCGACCAGCAAUACCUCCUCAACGUCUAUGGCGGCAUCUGUCACAAGAACCUUAACCAAAGACACGUGA